AUGGAACCUGCUGAGCAAGGUCCGCCGUUAGACCUCCUCCUUGAAGGGGACAAGAAGAGGAAACUAGAACCCAGCUUUAAAAUACCCAAGAAGAAGCGCACUGACUCCGAGUCUAUGGACGAAGUAAAACCAGUGGUACUAUCGCCCGUAAAAGAGGAAUUUAAAAAGGAAAUCCCAAAAACACUUAAGAUAAAGAAGAAAAAAGUGACGAAUUUAGAAAAAGAUGAACCAUAUUCCCCUGGCAAUAAAGAGAAACCGCCCAAACAGCCACUCCUUGACAAACCUAAAUUAGCACUGCUGGAGACCCCUAAGAUGGCGCUACUCGACACCCCAACACCAGAUCCAGAGGAGCCUGACCAACCCAGCACUCCACCCCCAGCAGAGGAAGAUCGCACACGUUUCGGUCUGGAAGUACCAAAAUCAGUGAUAGUCCAGGAGUAUGUAACUCUGACGGACGGCUCGAAACACGUACUGACUCGGGAGAUAUGGAGGAGGAUAUUCUCUUAUCUUCCGCCAGGUAACUUGGUGCAGUGCAUGAAAUGUUGCAAGGUAUGGUUAGAGUGGAUAUCUGAUCCUAUCUUCUGGCCAUCUAUCAACCUCUCCCGUUACGGUCCUAUUUUCCCUGAUACUUUAAAAUCAGUAGUCCUACGACAACCCGUUGAAGUAGAUUUAUCCUACUGUACCAUAACCAGAAAACAAUGUGAUUGGCUACUUCCCAGAUUACCCAACUUGAAAACUAUCAGACUCUCAGGUCUUCCCAUGAAUAUAAUCGGUAGUUUGAACGGACCUAUGGUUGCAAAUCUGCGACACAUCGACUUGAGAUGGGUUGAUGAUUUGAACGACUGGGGACUCAGAGACUUGUUGAGUGUUCCCUCCGGUCGGGAACAAAGACCCAGAUUCCGAGAUCUCCAAGGUCUGUUGCUGUCAGGAUGUAUAUUAACAGACGAGGUUAUCAACAAUAUCAUCAGAUACUGUCCCAAUCUGAAACAUUUAGAUCUCAGUUAUAACAACAACAUGAAUGAUAGGGUUGUGGAGGCAAUCUGUGGAUCAGAUCUGAUAUAUUCGUUAACUAGGAUAGACUUUAGUGGCUGUCCUCAUGUGACAGACAAGUCUUUGCUCAUGAUGAAGAAGUGUUAUGAUUUGACUUGGUUAGACUUCAGAUCAUGUAGAGAGAUUACUCGCGGUGCUUGUGUCAGAUUUGCUCACUCUUUUAAAAAAGAGUUGAUUAUCACUGAGGAUAAGUUAAUACAUCCGCCCACAGUCGACGUUUAUAUUAAUUAGAUUUAGCGGGAAUAAUGAUCGCAUUUUUCAGAUCGUCAUUGACAUGAAAUACUUGAUUUUUACAUAUUUUGUGCGAUUAAUUGGUGCUCAGCAUAUAC